GACAGGACUGGAACACAACACUAAAGCCCAGCGGUUUCAGUAGCGCACACCGCGGAGCGUCGCCUGGACUUGCUUCUGGUGACUCUACCAGUGGUUGACAGGCGCAAUGACUGAUCGCUCACUCAUAUCGAGAGCGUGAUGCACGUCGACUAUCAUGUCAGAGCUCCUCUAAGUCACACACUUCUGCUCUUUUAAAUAUGCCUCCGCCUGAGGAUUACUCAUGCAACUGUUUCUGAGGCUGCAGACGAGAUUGUUUUUGCAUGCGGAUAAACUUGCAGGAGCUCGCGAGUCGCUGUUGGAGGAUACGUGCACGUAAAAACCUGCAGCGUCAACAUUACAGCCCCGCUAAUCGGCUGCCCCGCGAGCACUCUUCGACAUGGAUUUGAGGAGCGCGUGUCGCAUGUGCCUCUUCCCGGUUCAAAUGCUCUACUAUGUGGUCCGAGCAAGUUUGUUUUCGCUGUUGCCAGGCAGAAGGAAGGAACUGACCAAGGAGGUGGUAUUGAUCACCGGUGGGGGACGAGGCAUCGGGCGUCACCUGGCUAAAGAGUUUGCCAAGCAGGGGGCCAGAAAGGUGAUCCUGUGGGGCCGAACAGAAAAGUGCCUCAAAGAAACGGCAGAAGAGAUUUCUCUCUCAGGAACAGAGUGCCAUUAUUUCCUGUGUGAUGUGGCCAAUCGGGAGGAAGUAUACAAGCAAGCCAAGGUUGUAAGAGAAAAGGUGGGAGAUGUCACGAUAUUGGUGAACAAUGCCGCCGUGGUCCACGGCAAAAGUCUGAUGGACAGCGAUGACGACGCCCUUCUGAAAUCCCAACACAUCAACACCAUGGGACAGUUCUGGACUACAAAAGCCUUCCUGCCUCGGAUGCUGGAGCUGCAGCAUGGCCAUGUAGUGUGCAUAAACUCCAUCCUGUCCCAGUCCCCCAUCCCUGGGGCCAUAGACUACUGCACCUCCAAGGCCUCAUCGCUGGCCUUCAUGGAGAGUUUGACGCUGGGGCUGCUGGACUGUCCCGGCGUUGGCUGCACCACUGUUCUUCCCUUCCACACCAAUACAGAGAUGUUCCAGGGCAUGAGAGUCAGGUUUCCCCAGCUCUUUCCACCUCUCAAACCCGAGGUAGUGGCCCAGAGCACCGUGGAUGCAGUCAGAGCUGACAAGGCCUUCCUUUACCUGCCCUGGACUAUGCAUGCCCUUGUCAUUUUAAAAAGCUUCAUGCCACAAGUUGCACUUGAAGAAAUCCACAAGUUUUCUGGGAGUUACACCUGCAUGAACACGUUCAAAGGGAGGACAUGAACCUGGAUUGCACACAAUGUGAGAGAGACCCAAACAGCUCUGGGGUGUUGUGAAGGGAAAAUGGACCUUAAGACAUCUGGAAGUGGAGGAGGCCCUGUGAUUGUGGGAAGACAAAUACUUAGGGGACAUGCAAAGACGGUUGCUCCUGCAGGUAGAAUUAAUUGAUAAAAUGCAGGGUGUGUGUGUGUGUGUGUGUGUGUGUGUGUGUGUGUGUGUAUGUAUGUGUAUGUGUAUGUGUAUGUGUGUGUGUGUGUGUGUGUGUGUGUGUGUGCGCCUGCCUGCCUGCCUGCCUGCCUAUGUGUAUAGUAUGAAGGACUGAAUGCCAUUCUUACUUUGAACAGAAGCCAUGAAUAGGUCUGUACCAGUAGUUAUUCUGGGAGUUUUUUCCUGUGACACUUGUUUUAGCCUGUUUUUACGCUUCUUUUUUUCCUUUUAAUGUCUUUGAAUCAAAAGAAGAUAAUAAAACUGAGUUUUAGAAGACUCACUGUGUUUCUUUGUGCAUGAUGAAAAUAGAAAAAAAUAAAACACUUGGGAGGUAUUCGUUGUUUUGUGU